CUCUGAUUGGUUCACUUGCCUGUCAAUCACUUUCAGCUGUCAGAUUCAGAAAUCUCCACUCCUGCUCGCCCGAAAAAAUAAACCUUGACACCUCGCGGGACAGUCCACGGGCAAGAUGGUGAUUUAGGUAACAAAGGGUGUUCGUCGCUCUUCCACAGGAGCCCCGGCCGUCGCCAUGGAGACAGCCGGCAGAUACGUGCUCAUCCACGGGAGAAACAUCUCCCAUAGCUCCCCGUCGAGCCCCGGUGCCGCAGGGCCUCACAUGUCCAUCGACAAGCUGUUCCCUGCCUUGCUCGAGUGCUUUGGCAUCAUCCUGUGCGGAUACAUAGCCGGCAGGGCGGACGUGAUCACGGAGAACCAGGCGAAGGGUCUGGGAAACUUUGUGUCGAAAUUUGCCCUCCCGGCUCUGCUGUUCAAAAACAUGGUGCUGCUGGAGUUGGGCGACGUCAUCUGGUCCUUCCUGUGGAGCGUCCUGUUAGCCAAGGUGGCCGUGUUCGCGCUCGUGUGCAUGCUCACGCUCAUGGUUGCCAGUCCGGAAAACAGGUACGGCAAAGCCGGCCUGUACGCCAUCUUCGCCACGCAAAGCAACGACUUUGCCUUGGGUUAUCCCAUAGUGGAGGCUUUGUAUCGGAGCACGUACCCGGAGUACCUGCAGUACAUCUACCUGGUGGCCCCCGUGUCGCUCAUGCUGCUCAAUCCCGUCGGCUUCGCGCUGUGCGAGGUGCAGAGGUGGCGGAGGCGGACCGACCGUCCCGGGCAGCGGAGCACGGCGCGGGUGCCGGCGGUCGUGGCGCUACAGGUGUUCAAGAACCCGAUCGUGUUCAUGGUGGUCGUGGGCAUCGCCUCGCACUUUGCGCUGGGCCGGAAGAUCCCCGACGUGCUGUCCCAGUUCAUCGACGGCCUGGCCAACUCGUUCGGCGGGGCGGCUUUGUUCUACCUGGGCCUCACCAUGGUUGGUCAGCUGAGGAAAUUGACACGAGACACCGGCGUUGCGUUGAUUCUUCUCAUCACCGCCAAACUUCUGCUGAUGCCGUUGUUCUGCAAGGACUUGAUGGACAUUUUGGACGUGGGCGUCAACAGCACCAGCGCCAACCACACCAGCCUGUCCAACUUUGCCUUCCUGUACGGCGUCUUCCCGACGGCGCCCAGCGUGGCCAUCUACGCCGGACACUACGGCAUGGAGCUGGAGGUGGUGACGUCGGGCAUGGUCGUCAGCACGUUCCUGUCCGCGCCCAUCAUGUACGUGUCGGCCUGGCUGCUGACCAUCCCGCUGAUGGACCCGGCGCCUCUGGUGGCCGAGCUUCAAAACGUCAGCUUCGACAUCAGCGUCGUCUGCCUGCUGGCGCUGGUUUGGACAAUCGCUGUGAUGCUGCUCAGCGGGAAGUUCAAGCGUCUUCCUCACCUCUUCUCCUUAAAUCUCUUCCUGGCUCAGUUCUUGGUGUGUGUGAGCAUGAUCCUGUGGAACUUCCUGGCCAGAGAAGAGGAUAAUCUGACGGGCAAAAUGCUGGCGUUCGCGCUGCUCUACGGCUCUCUGUACAGCACGUACAUUUGGACGGGUUUAAUCCCGCUGUGUUUGGCUCUGACCAGCAGAGAUGAUCUGCUCAGGCUGCGGCCGGCCAUUUUUAUGGUUCUCGGCUGGGGGGUUCCUUUCUUUGUGGUGGGAGGUCUUUUCUUAGUAGGCCAGAGGACCGACUCCAUUGACUCUGCUUUCUUCUACAGCAAAGCCCAGAUUAUCAGCACGGCGGCGGUGCUGGCGGUCAGCCUGACGCUGGCUGCCGUUUCCCUGAUGGGCCUCAGCCAGGGAGACCAACAGCAGAGGGGCUACCACAUCCUGAGUCUUGCGGCGCUACCCGCCUCCGGCGAAGAGCAGCCGAGGACCCCUGGCGGCGUGGAAGACCCACUGCAACAACAAGCACAGCAGUUAGCGGAAAUUUCACCUUCUGCGUGCAGUAUGAACUCGGACCGCCACACGCCUCCUCCGCUCCAGUGCAUGCCGGAUAUGAUCACAAGCACGCAGAGAAACCAUGGCAACAACACAGGCCACACGGCGGCGCUGUGCGACGGGGAGCAGCAGCAGAGUUGGACCUCUGUAGAACACCCGCCGAACUUAACAGCACCGGAGCCUCGACAAGCCGCGGAUGACAAGCAGACCGUCAGGCACGUUCUGCUUUGUCUCCUGCUUAUUGUCAGCCUGCUCGCGAACCUGUCGAGCUGCCUGUGGUGGUUGUUGAACAAAGACCCCGGGCGUCUGUACUUGGAGCUUCAGUUUUUCUGCGCCGUGGCCAACUACGGCCAAGGCUUCCUUUCCUUCGGGAUCUUCGGCCUGGACCGCCACCUCAUCAUCGUGCCCUUCAAGAGGAGGCUGUCGGCGCUAUGGCGGGGACGGGACGCGGACGGGAGCGCUCCGGCGGGAGGAGCCCGCGAGGAGGUCCGGCUCACCUGCACGCAGUUUGUGCGCUACCACGAAGAGCGCUGCGUCCGAGGGCUGCUACAUCCGCGCAGUGGCUCAGGAGAGAGUGCGAGCGCUCCAGCCGGCGAAUCGCUGCUGUGACAUCGCCCGAGGACCGCCGACACCAGCACGACGUCGACCUGAUGCCUACAGAAAGGCAACGACCACCAUGACGUCCACCCGCCCUCUAAAAGUGCCUUCAGGUGCGCUUCUUCCGUCCUUCGCGAUGCUCGCUGAAUUGACUUGCACUUCACUCACACCUGUCGGUCAUCUCCAAAUCGACUGACACGGUAUUUUAAUUUUUAUAAUUUUUAUUUCUACCGCACUGUACGGACACAACAUUAACUUCUUUGGAUAUAAAGUAUAUGCACCCCUGUUCAAAUGGCAGGACCUUACAAGAUCUUUUUGAGAGGGAAAGUUGACCAAAAAAAAAAAAAGUUGCAUAAGUGUGCACACCCUCUUAUAAUUGGAGAUGCAGCUAUGUUCAGAAUUAAUCGAUCAUAUUCAAACUCAAUUUGGAAUUCGGAGUCAGCACACAUCUGCCUCUGCUUGGUCCCGGACAAAGUUCAGAUGUUCUAGAAGGCUUUUCCUGAUGCUGUAGAUCCAGUAGAACAAUGAUAGUAAUGCUUAAUGGAAGCGCAUCAAUCCAUCUAACAAUUUUCAAAAUAGUUUAUUGUACGAAUUAAUUGGAUACUCUGAAUUACCCUUAGGUGUGAUUGUGAGUGGAAACUGUUUGUUUCCAUGCGCCCUCCAACCCUUGUGAGGAUAAGCGGAGGAUGGUGUAUUUUAUGCAGAAAAGAGCCACCAGAUGUCACUGUGUGUCUUUGAAGGGGCGCAGCUUGGCAGUUGAAUCGAUACAACGAAUCCAUUUAUGAUAUCAUAAACUGAACAUCAAUAAAAUUAACAAAUGAGUGAGUCAUCAACAAUGCUACAUAUAAAAGCGGUAUAAAAAUGAGUAACAAAACUGAAACAAUCACAACUACAUCGCAAAUUUUAAAAAACAUCAAUUUAAGAUUGCAAUAUUGAAUAAAAAUGUAUCAUCAAUCAAGAAAACAAACAUUUUGAAAAGUAAACCUAUUUCUGGCCCAACACAUAAUAGGGCUUACGGGAUUUACAUGAACAAAAAAUAUAUCUGCUUCAAAGGAAAAAUAAUUGUUUCCUUUUGCCAAAUAGAAAGUUUUCCCUUAAGUGUACUGUGUCAAAAUUGGAUCCGUUUGUAACAUUUUGGUGUGGAUAUUUCAGUUCGUGAGAAUCGAAAAAGACGAGCACUUAUAAGUAUUGAAGUUAUAUCUAACUUAUUGUUGGAGAAAUACUUCUGAUGGCAGUUAGGCAUUGUCAUCUCUUGAAAAAAGCAUUUUUUGCUGCUAAUGAAACAGGACAAACGUGUUUUUAUAUUUCAUAUUUCAGCUCGAUAGUUGCACUUGUGAUUUUGUGGCGUUCUCCUUUGUUAAAAUAUGCACAAGUUGAUAUUUAAUUAUGCACUGCGUUAUUGAUUGCAAAUGAAAACCUCUGUGAGUGGUCCUUUUAUGCGUUAUUUUCAUUUCAAGUCAAGAAAUGCAUGAAAUAAGAAUAUAUUGAAAAUAAAUGAAAUAAAUUGAAUGCUAUAAAAAAAAAAAGUCAAUUAGUUCAUUUGGACAAUACUUUGUCCUAAAAUCAACACAAAUGAAAACUUGAAAUACUAAAAUUACAAAAAUAAUUAAAAAUACUGAAAAUCUGUUUUUAUAAAAAAAAUAUAUCAAUCAGUCAAUUUAAUGAAUUAAAUAAUAAAAUUGAAAUCUAAUAAAUAUCUGUAAUAAAUGAAUGAAUCAGCCGCCAGUCACUCGUUUUGAACUCUCAAGUUUUGUUUGACUUUUGAGGCCGACUCCCCCCCUCCCAAAAUGCUCCCCGACCCCCACCCCCCCUAUCUGCUUUUGUUAUAAAUAUGUUUUUAUUUGAAAGCACUGGACAAAUUCAGCUACUGUACUGUCCAUUUCCUCACAUUAAGCUGCUCGUUUCUUUUAUUGUGAGGUUAAAUGCUGCUCCUACAAAAAAAAAAAACAUCUUUAAACGUGACUUCCCAUUUAUUUAUGAUUAUUUUUUUUUUUAGAAUUUAAUCCAAAUCACUGUUUCAAGAAAAUGGCACAUAUACCGCUCAUGGUCCCCCACCAGUAUAUCUAAAAAUAUGAAUAUCAUUGUGUGUCUUUAAACUGUUUACUGAUGGCACGUGAUCUCCGACAAUGUGAAGUGUGUAUUUGUGUGUGUAUGCGCAUGAUGUGGACAUAUUGCACGAGAAUAAAGAGUUUUUAAAUAGCUGAGUUUUAUUAUCCGUUGGCCUUGACGUGGACUUUAAAUAAACAAAGUAAUGACUUACAGAAACCUUUUUUUUUUUUAAACGGUUCCAAAAAUUGGUCAAAAAGGAAGAGAACGACAAACAAAGAUUAUAAUAGAAAACUGUUACUGUCAAUAAACGAUUAAGACGCCCAAGUGCUUCCCGUAGAACGUAGUGAAACAACAUAAAAGAUCAUGACUGUAGACAGCCUGUAAACAGCUAGUUUCAAAUCAUCUUUGCUUGAAACUUUAUAAAGUUAAAAACUCAACAACGAUUGCUAUUAUUGUGCUGGAUGUCCAACAUAAAGAUGACAUCACUCAAAAUCCCAUUUCAUUAGGUACACCAGUGCAGUUGAAGGAGCUGAAAUUGUGUAUAACAGCUGUUGGUAAAAAUAUGGCUUUUAUUCGGAUUUUACCUUGCAUAAUUUGACAUGAAUCCUUUCUAGCAGCCCAAAAUGAUGUUUUUAACAAUGGGGGGGGGGAAAAAAAAGAUGGCUUUAAACCAACAGUGAAGCAACAGAUAUUAUACUUAUCAGGCAUAUAUUCUUUAUCCUCUGCAUAAAACAAAUUUUAGAGCACCUUAAUGAGUAAAUGCAGUGGUGAUUGUACUGCCCCACGCCAGGCGGUCGGGAGUACAGUGACGCCUCGGUUCUCGACAACAAUCCGUUCCAGAAAACGGUUCGAGAAGUGAUUUGUUCGAAAACCGAAUCGAUGUUUCCCAUUACAAUGAAUGGAAAAAUAAAUAAUGUGUUCCAAGCCUAAAAAAUUAAGCUUUUUAAAGCAUUUUUUUUAGCUUUUCCUGAUAUGAAACAGCAUACCAGAAAUACAUGUAUAGUUUAAAUACUUUAUAUAAUAAAAUAAUUGAAGAAAUAUAUACAUUUUUUGCUCAAAAUGUAUGCUUUAGUAGUAGAGUACGCUAGGCUGAGAGUGAGUCCAUUGCCGUAUCUGUAGCGGCCUUGUCAACUUUUUUUUAUGAACAAAAGUGCAGAAUAACUUCAAACAAGCAACUUGCCUUCUUUGGAGCCAUGAUUGGGGGUUAAUACGGUCGUCCUCAAUAUGAAGAAAAACAAAAGUCACUCCCGGGACACGUCUGUGUACAGAGGCUGCGUUAUACAGAAUAACAAAAGUGCACUGGUUGCGCCGUGCGCGUUAUGUCAUUUCCUUUUUUUUUCGCGGGGUCGUUCGAAUAGAAAAGAACAGAACUCGUCGCGGGUGUGGGUCAGCUGCUUGCGCCGCGUGCAUUAAGUUAUUUCCGGGUUUUGUCGGGGCCGUUCGAGUACCGAUUUUCGUUCAAAAACAGAAGCAGAAAAAAAUCUUGAAAAUUUCCUUUGAAAACCGAUUUGUUCAAAAACGGGGAUGUUCGAGAACCGAGGCAUUACUGUAGAUUAAAUGACACGUGCAUUUAAUUUUAAAUGGUAAAAGAUGAUUUGAGAUACACGUUUUAAGUUAUGUGCAGUCACGCAACAAAUUAAAACUCUCAACGCGGCUUUGUAUCUUAAAUGUGUUUUUAAAAUGUUGAAAGAAUAUGGGUGAGCCAAAAGUACUUUUAAAAAAAAUGUUUUACUUGGUAUCACAAACCAUUAAAAAAAAAAAAAAAAAAAAAAUCAAGAUUAUUUGUUUUCUUUGUGGGGUCGGAGGGGAUUCACCCAUAUUUAGUGUGGAAGAUGCUUAUUGGUGGUACAUCACUGCUUAUUGAAAAUAUUUUAGAAUCCAAAAAAAAAAAAAAAAGAAAAUUUUAUCCAACGUAAUCAUAAAUUAGAAUGGUUGUCAGUUAUCCACAAAUGUUCACUCUUCGUGGUCGGCCCCACCU